UUUCAGUAUAAAUAAUGGAUCCAAUCCGGUCAGCACAAGUCUGCGCAACUUUAGUCACCUUUAGAGAGAGAGAGAAAGAGAGAGAGGACGUUGAUACCUCAUGAGACAAUUUUUACGAAGAAACGUUCGAUUCUCCGAUGCAACUUCUCUGAUUCGGAUCGUCUCUUUCGCUGUUGCCGGGUCGGGUCUACUGUAUUCGUACCGUGACGCAGAGACAACUGUAUCGGUAUCGGUAAACACUCCAUUGCGUGAUUCAGUAUUGCUGCAAUGGCCCACUGUGAAGGAUUUGAGACCUUGUCUUUCAAUGGUUACAUCGGCUCAAUCGAGAAAUGGAAAUAUUGACUUUUUUCUUUCUAGAAUUGGAAAAGUUCCACCAGAAGAUGUGAAUAGGGAUGUUUCUGGGGUUGGUGAUGGUUCAAAGUCUAUUGCCACUGCAGUUGCUAUGGUUGCCCCAGCCGUUGUCACUAUAACCGUUCCCACGAGGAUGGAUGGGAAGCCUUAUGCAUAUAGUGCAGGCUCUGGAACUAUAAUUGAUUCUGAUGGUACUAUUUUAACUUGUGCUCAUCUUGUGAUGGGUUCUCAUGGCAAAAAAGUUAGACAUGAAGGCAAGGUUGAUGUGGCUUUGCAAAAUGGCCAAACAUUUACUGGUACUGUGAUAUAUGCUGAUUUGCAUACUGACAUUGCUAUUGUGAAGAUCAAUUCUAGAACUCCUUUCCCAGCAGCAAAACUUGGAUCUUCACAUAAGCUAUGUCCUGGGGACUGGGUGGUGGCCAUGGGCUGUCCCCUUAGCUUUCAUAACACUAUUACAGCUGGUAUUGUCAGUUGCGUUGAUCGUAAAAGCAGCGAAAUGGGUCUUGGAGGAAUGCUGAGGGAGUACAUACAAAUAGAUUGUGCAACCAAUCCGGGGAAUUCUGGUGGGCCCCUUUUUAAUCUUGACGGAGAAGUUGUUGGUGUUGUCAUUAUGAAACUCAAACAUGCUACCGGGUUGAAUUUUGCUGUGCCAAUUGAUGCAGUUUCCAAACUUAUGGAGCAAUUAAAGAAAAAUGGGAGAGUUGUUAGACCAUGGUUGGGGUUAAAAAUGUUGGAUCUGAACAAGAUGAUUAUUGGCCAACUUAAACGGAGAGAUGCCGCAUUCCCUACUAUUAACAAAGGAGUUCUUGUGUUCAUGGUAUCUCCUGGUUCACCUGCUGAUCUAGCUGGAUUCCAACCUGGUGAUGUUGUCAUUGAAUUCCAUGGAAAGCCUGUUGGGAGCAUCGCAGAGAUUGUUGAACUGAUGGAGGACAGCAUUGGUGUACCUUUUAAGGUAGUGGUAAAAAGAGCUAAAGAUACUUUAGUGACUUUGACUGUCAUACCAGAGGAGGUAAACCCUCAAUUGUAACAAUAACACUUUUCGUUUUCUGCUUUAUUUUGAAUUUUGCCUUACGAUUGAUGUCGACAUAAAAAUUACAAAUAAUUCUGAAAAGAAGUGUGAGCAUUAAUAAACCGGGAUAUUUACUACUUGGAUAAAACAAUGGAAAUAGUUUCUGGGGAUGGUUGAGAAGAAUUUGAAUAGCAAUGAGUCCCUUAUUUUCUAGGUUCUAUUUCAAACUUCCGUGAUAGUCGAGGGAUGGUUGUCGAUAGUUGUCAUGAAGGAAGUUAUCCAAACAUUGGGUGUUCUCAUGCAUUAUCCUAUUUAACAUUGGAUUUUUUGAAAUGGAUUCAUGAGAAUUAUUUGUCUUACCAUUUAUCUAAUCUUCUUCUAAUGGACCGUCGUUAGAUUUGGAUGUUUCUGGA